GGCAUUAGCACAUUUUCAAGAGAUGACUUUCAUCUUUGUAAAGAUGUUAUCUUAAAUUAAUAUGGAGUCAGAAGACAGCUGCGAUGAAUUUGUGGAAACUCUACCAUCUAAUAGAAGCUCUGCCAACUUGGUGACAAAUGGUGCAGUUUCAGUGUCUCCCCGAUCAAUGAAAGCUGAACAAGUGUUCCAGCCAUGCAGUGAUUUUCAGCAUGAUAACAUAGUAACAUGUUCUUCUGCACCACCAAAUAUGGUGCCUAUGCCGGGUACUGCAAUUUUUAACCAAGCUGGUCAAUUGCAACAUGGAAUGAUGGCAAUGCAAGACCCAAACAAUCCAGACCAGCUUGUUGUAGUGCAGAAUAUGAAUGGUGGUGCAAGUAUGGAAGAUUCUGCUCACAAAGCCAUGAUUAAUGCUAAUUCUUUGCCAAGCUCCCUGCAAAUGACCAAAUUUAGCAAUACACCUACCAAUGCAGGUAUGCUUCAACAUAUCACGAAUUCAGGACAAAUGAUUGCACCUAAUCAGUUGGCAGGUAUGAUGAAUUUGGCAGGUCUUCCCCAGGUGGCUACAUUGGGAGGUUUGAAUGGGAUUCCAAACAUAAAUGUAAUGAACCAGCUAGCAGGCCAAACUCAAAUUCUUCAACAACAACCAGGAAAUGCAAAUCAAAUUCAAGUACCAAAUUCACAAGUGCAAGGUGGUGUUCCUCAGGGAAUGGUGGCUGUUAAUGGUCAUCCAAAUGCUGUCCAGCAGGCUCAAGUAGGUAAUACUCCUCAAUUUAUAUUGGCUGCUGGUCAACCUAUUCAGGGUAUCCAAGGAGCACAAUUACUCAUCCCUACAUCAUCAGGUGUUGCAACUCAGCAAGUGAUUACAAUUCCUGUAUCUCAGCUAGCAGGAAAUCAAAUUGUGCAGCUAGUUGCUUCUAAUGGCCAGAUAUUUACUACAACUUUGGCAAAUCUUCAAGCACUCUCCCAACCAGUACCUGUGCCAGGUGUAAAUACUCCUAAUAUGACAGCUAACCCUCAGGCUGUUCAAUCUCAUCCCAUGCUUGCUCCUGGUUUCACCAAUGUGCAAGGUCAAGUGGCUUCAAUGCCUCAGAUAUUCACAAAUGCUGCUGGGCAACUUGUAACUCUAGGUCCUCAGGUUAUUGCACAUCCAAUGAUGGGUGGAAAUCCAACAAAUUUGAUGGUGAAUCCUCAAAUAGCUGCAGCUCAGUUGCAACAAGUUCAGCAAGCUGAUGAUAAAAGUUCCAUAGCAACUGUUACAUCUUCUGGGCAACCUGCACAAAUGAAUAGGAUUCAAAAUUCUUCUCUUAAUGCUAUUUCACAAGCAAUAGCAAUGCAGCAACAGCAACAACAACAAAAUCAAGCAGCUCAAAUGCAAAUCAACCCAGUGACUAUUGUCACAACUCAACUUUCACCUAUUAAAAACCAACCUACCUCUCAAAACUGUGUUGUUGCUCCCAAGCUACAACCUUUGCAGCAAGGUAGUACUGUGUCCACUUUAACUCAAACAGUUCACCCCCAACCUUCAGUUUCACCAGAUGAUGAUUGUGAUAAUGGAUUAAAUCAAAUCAGUACCAUCAGCAAUACCGAAGCAAAUGUAGUGGAUGGAAUCAACCUUGAGGAAAUAAAGGAUUUUGCAAAAGCUUUUAAGAUUCGCAGACUCUCUCUUGGCUUGACACAAACACAAGUUGGACAAGCUUUAAGUGCAACAGAAGGACCAUCUUACAGCCAAAGUGCUAUAUGCAGGUUUGAGAAACUAGAUAUAACUCCUAGAAGUGCCCAAAAAAUCAAGCCUGUUUUGGAAAGGUGGAUGAAAGAAGCUGAGGAGAGGUAUAAGAAUGGUGCUCAUACACUGACUGAAUUCAUUGGGAGUGAACCAACCAAAAAGAGGAAGCGAAGAACUUCUUUUACGCCUUCAGCAUUAGAUGUUCUUAAUCAAUUCUUUGAAAAAAAUACACAUCCAUCAGGUGCUGAAAUGACAGGGUUAGCUGAACACUUAAAUUAUGAUCGUGAAGUAGUGAGAGUGUGGUUCUGUAACAAAAGGCAAGCUUUAAAAAAUACCAUUAAAAAACUUAAAGCUGGCCCUCAAUGACAGUAGGUCUUGAAUUUCCUUGUUGAUUUCAGAAUUACCUCUUAUGCCAUUUUGCAUUGUAUAAAACAACUAAUCAAAUAACUGUAGUGCCGUUCCAUGUUUGUAUAUAUUGUACAGAUCAUUCACUUUGUAAACAGUCAUCAACAGAAGAAUUCAUGGGCUUGUAUUUAUUUUUAACUGUAGCUUGUUUACAAAGCUGAUGCAAAUAAUAUCAUUUGUUUGUUUCUGUCUCCUCUACAUUUGAUCCCAUUCAGUCCGAAUUUUUUUGUCAAAUGUGCUAUCAUGUUGUGUUACAUAAAAAAAUCAAAUGAACUGUGAUUUUUGAAAUGCAAUUAAUUGAAACACUCUUGAUGUACCUGCUGCAAAGUAUGGUCUCAUUCUUUUUAUGUAUUGUUUUCAAGGGUAUGUUAUUUUUUAUGUUUAUUGUUUGAGUAUUGUGUCUGUUUUAUUUUUACUCUAUUGCAGAAAUAAUGAUGGUGAUCAAGCAUUUUUUAAUGGUGCCUAUUUUAUAUCUCACAAUGAUGCUUGUGAGAUUUAACUAAUAAUAAUUUUAAAUCUAAAUCGGUUUGAGAUGUAUAUUUUAUAUGAAAUUUAAAUCUUUAAAUCAUUUAUUUCGUAAUCAUUGUCUCAUAUUGAUAAUACUUAUAAUUUUUAAGAAUUUCGUCAUAUGACACUAAUGGCAGGUAUAAAGGUCAAUCAAAAAAGAAAGACAAAGAAAACAGAAACACUGCCAUUUCAUUUUUUCCUCUUAAAUUCUUACAAUCAUUGUCUGCCUUAUGUCAUUUUUAUCUACUUUUUAAAUUAAAAA